UUAAGAAGAAGCUCUCCUGUUGCACUGGGAGGUUGGCCGGUGUUUUUCCACACAUGGUCACCCAUUUUAAGAGACAAAGGUCAGAAAGAAAACCUUAUAAAUAACAUUUACCGCCGUAAGUCUCACUAUUCAACACGCCGUCCACCGUACUACACUGAAGGGACUGAUCAAUUCUAAAGGAAUAAAAUCAAUUCAAGCCAAUACAGCAUGGCACAGAAAGAGAAGCUCCAGUGUCUGAAGGACUUCCAUAAGGACACGCUGAAGCCUUCCCCGGGGAAGAGCCCUGGCACCCGGCCCGAGGACGAGGCAGAGGGGAAGCCCGUCCAGAGGGAGAAGUGGAACUCCAAGCUUGACUUUAUCCUGUCCGUCGCUGGGGGCUUCGUGGGUUUAGGGAACGUCUGGCGUUUCCCAUACCUCUGCUAUAAGAAUGGCGGAGGUGCAUUUCUCAUCCCGUACUUCAUCUUCCUCUUUGGCGGAGGUCUCCCUGUGUUUUUCCUGGAGGUGGCCCUCGGACAGUACACCUCCGAGGGUGGAAUCACCUGCUGGGAAAAGCUUUGCCCCAUCUUUACUGGUAUCGGCUACGCUUCGAUUGUGAUUGUGUCCCUCCUGAACAUCUACUACAUAGUGAUUCUGGCCUGGGGUUUGUACUACCUGUUCCAGUGCUUCCAGCCGGAGCUGCCCUGGGCCAAGUGUAAGAACUCCUGGAACACAGACCGCUGUGUGGAGGACACCGUCCGUAAGAACAAGACCCUGAUGCUGGCCACUAACAUCACCAACUUCACCUCGCCUGUCACUGAGUUCUGGGAACGUAACGUCCUUAGCAUCUCCAGUGGCAUCGAUGAAAUCGGGGAGGUCAAGUGGGACCUUGCUCUGUGUCUGCUGGGGGUCUGGGUCAUCUGUUUCUUCUGUAUCUGGAAGGGAGUCAAAUCCACUGGGAAGGUUGUGUACGUCACUGCUACCUUCCCCUUCGUCAUGCUGAUCAUUCUGUUGAUCCGCGGCGUCACUCUGCCGGGAGCAUCUGAAGGAAUCAAGUUCUACCUGUACCCAGACCUGCAACGUCUCAAAGACCCUGAGGUUUGGAUCGAUGCAGGCACUCAGAUCUUCUUCUCCUAUGCCAUCUGUCUGGGAGCUAUGACGUCACUGGGGAGCUACAACAAAUACAAAUACAACUGCUAUAGGGACUGUUUGCUGCUGGGAGGCCUCAACAGCGGUACCAGUUUUGUGUCUGGCUUCGCAAUAUUUUCCGUCCUGGGCUUCAUGGCACAAGAGCAAGGGGUGGACAUUGCCGAUGUGGCAGAGUCAGGUCCUGGCUUGGCCUUCAUUGCCUAUCCUAAAGCUGUGUCUAUGAUGCCGCUGCCAACCUUCUGGGCUAUUCUCUUCUUCAUCAUGCUUCUGCUACUGGGUCUCGACAGUCAGUUUGUGGAAGUGGAAGGACAGAUCACCUCCUUGGUGGAUCUGUAUCCCUCCUUCCUAAGGAAGGGUUACCGUCGGGAACUUUUUAUAGCAACAGUGUGCUCCAUAAGCUAUCUUCUGGGACUUACCAUGGUUACUAGGGGUGGCAUGUAUGUCUUUCAGCUCUUUGACUACUAUGCAGCCAGCGGUGUGUGCCUUUUGUGGGUUGCAUUCUUUGAAUGUAUUGCUGUAGCCUGGGUUUAUGGCGUUGAUAAUUUCUAUGAUGCGAUUGAAGACAUGAUUGGCUACAGACCAAAUGCCUGGAUGAAAUGGAGCUGGUCUUUUAUCACACCUCUUCUUUGUGUGGGUUGCUUUGUCUUCUCCUUGGUCAAAUACAAACCUUUGACUUACAACAAGGUCUACGAGUACCCCGACUGGUCCAUCGGUGUGGGCUGGACUCUGGCCCUGACUUCUAUGAUCUGUAUUCCUAUGGUGGUGGUCAUCAAGAUCAUCCAGUCCGAUGGACCACUCAUAGAGAGAAUCAAGGCUGUGGCAGCUCCGCUGGGAGGUGCUAGCUCCCGUCCAGUCGACCACCGUCCCAAGGGCAUGUCUGCCGAGCUGGCCUACCCCCUGGACCCUAACGGGAACAACGGCCUGAUCAAGCCCACCCACACUAUUGUAGAAACUAUGAUGUGAGCGCUCUCUGUGAGAGGAACGAAUUUUAAAUAAGAAAAAAAGAAAAAAAAAGAAAUGACCCGCUUUCUAUGUUAUUAUACUAUAUUAUCACUAAACUAGUUAUAGGACCAGGUUUACAUUGCUAUGUAUCUGCACUAGGAGUCUUCUUUUUGUUUUUGUUUUCUACAGAGGAAGUUACAUUAUUGGUUUCCUGUCUAUGUUUUUAAUAUUUUUUAUUAAACUAUUGUUAUUAAUAUUACUGUUAUUACGAUUAAUGUAGUUAGAAGGAAAUGUAGAUUUCCAUGCCACUUGGAGCAAGCAGAAUCAGUACAUGGUCCAUUUUUACUUCUUCUUCUUUCCUGUAGAACUAUAAGCGGUCGUAUCUAUUUUAGGAAUCCUUUUUUUUUUUAAGAGAAGAAAAUACAUAAUACAAAAAGGGCCGUAUAAAACCGUAAGAACUAAAUGUGUGUCAUGUUUUGAGCAGUAACAUUUGACUAUGUCAUGUUUGUAUCUAGAUCAACCUAGCCCCUCUCUCUUCUCAGCUUAACUAAUGUCUAUAGUACGAUAAUAUCGUGGAGGUGGUGCCCCCCUUGUAUACAGUGAGAUUAGUCGAGUGUUGUUUGUCGUCGAUGUUUGUUGUAAAAUUACAACUGAACCUGAACGUGCCUCCACUACUAGGCAGCGUUCAUGGUCCAGAGCAUCUCAUCUACAGUUGCUAAAAAGUUAGGGUUUUAAAAUACUGCCCUGGUCUGGAAUACUGGUUUUUGACACAACUAUUUGCUAGAAGGUACUUGAGCACCUUGCAGCAAUUGUUCUGUCUGUAUAAAUAACACUGCAGUACAACCUAGCUUUUUAGUGCCGGCAACUGUACCUGGCUCUGACUGUGGAGGCACAAACCUGUCCUCCUUGUACAGUGUCUAGUGUACAUACAUACAGUCAGCCCAACUCCAUUUUAAAGUAGACUAUACUAUGCUGGUGAAGGACACUACUGCUACAUGCCAUCCAUCCCAGUGCAUACAAUAGCUACAUCAUACGUCUUUCAAGUCUGUGAUUUAAUUAUUUGCACUAAGUAACGAAGUGAGUUUUUUUCCUUUAUUCUUAGUGUUUUAGUGUGUUGUUGUAUCGCUGGCUAUAGAUAGAGGACAUGACAUAGUGGCAAGUUAACAGCAAGCACAACAUCACACUAUAUAAUGCAUAUAGCAUCUCUUGAGUCUGUCUCUCUAAUGGACUGACAGGAGCCUAAAGGACCUGCCACAAUAACUUUACACAUUAAUGUAAACUCCCCAUACAGUAAAUAUUGAUCAUAAAAAUUGAUUAAGGAACCAUUCAAAAUGCAAGCAGACUGCUUCUCAAUCACAUCGAUCAGAUCUUUCUAUUGAAUUUCUGCAGGCUAGGUCAGUGUACAUUCUGAUGUAAUGAUAAUACAUAUGGGUAAUUGAUUAAUAUACUAACUUAUACUAUCCACUUCCUCCAGCCUUUUCACACUCCCUAUCUAUCGGUUGUCAUAUCUUAGUAUAGUUUUAAAUAUUAUAAUUGUACAGCUUUUCAAAGAGGCAGAAACAAUUCAAACAAAAACCUGUUGGAAUUUGAAGCGUUUAUGAUUCACAAUGCAAAGAUAUUCUUAGAAUGGAAUGUUGAAAUGUGAAACCACAUGCAGUGAAACGGAAGCUUCGCUUAAUUCUAUUGAUUCUAUUCCAUAAAAAAAAAAAAAAUCGUCCCCCCCCCAGGGGUAUAAAUUCAGAACGUUUAGUUUAUUGUACUUUGAUUGUUUUUCAAUCACGUUUUUGCCUUUUUUGUAUUCAAAAUGUAAAAUGACCACCCCGUCACCAGUUAUUAAUACUUCCUGAGGAUGUAACGUCAUUUAACAACCUACUGUUCAUCAACAAAACUGCAAUUUGUAAUGUGCAAUACUUCGUAGAAAGAUAAGUAUUUUUUCACUCUGUUUUUCAAAUAGGUGGUACUUUUAACUUUGUAGAGAGAAAUAAAAAAUAAAACACUUGCUUAAACAAUGCAAGAGACAAAAUUACGACAAUUUCAGGGGCCAAAGAAAACCUACCACAAAAUCUUAUGCCAUAAUAUCAACAAAGAAACAACGUUCAAUGCAGUAGUAUCGCUUUCUGUCAUAACACACAGAAUUUGAUUAAUCUUUAUCAAAAAUAUUACACGUUUUAAAAUAUCUGGAGUUGCAAAGAAAAGUUAUCCUGCCAUUUUAUAAUGACUAUCUCAAAUCUGAUUUGGUAGUCGGAAUUGGCCUGUGAGGUUCGGUGACAUUCUGAAAUGAUGCUGCCGCCAAACAUAAGCCUGUCUAUCUACCGUAGUGCUGUUUGUUUGUACAGAAGAUGUAUUAUGUCGCACAGAAACGAACCGCUAGUUGUUAGCUAGCUAGGUACCUGUAAAAAAAAAAUGCUAGUAGUUAGCGAGCUAGGUACCUUACAGGUGUUGUAUCAAAGAAGCUUACUGAAAAACCAAAUGAGAAUACAUUAUUACAGUGAAGAUAUUGACACCCAGUCCCAUCGCUGGAGAUUGGAGAAGUCUCUGCUUGUGUUCUAAAUGGCACCCUAUUCUCUACAUAGUGAACUAAUUUUGACACAGGUCUCUGGUCAAAAGUAGUGCAUUAUAUAGGGAAUAGGGUGUCAUUUGGAUCGCAUUCUCCAUUUCCAUUGAGAUGAGCUGUCUAUAAUCAGACAGGCUACUGAUCCCUACAGAUAGAAAACAUAAUGUUAAAGUUAUCUAACUCUCCUGCCUCAUACAUUACAUGUCAUUACAUACCAGCCCAUCCUUUUUAAGAAUGUACAAGGGGGAAAUGUUUUUAAUCCAUGAAGAAGAAACAUUUUUCAAAUACAAUUUGAAAGAUUUUAUUUUUUAUUUCUAUGGCGCUAAAUAACCUGUAAAACAAAAAUGUGUGUUUUAAAACAGGGUUUUACUGAGAAAAACAUUAAACCUUUUUAUUUCUUAAUAAAAAACAAAACAUUUUUGGAAAAAAGCUUUUUGCUUUUCUCAUGUGUAGUGUCCUUUAGUGAGUCUAUAGGCCACAGAAUAAAGCAGGGAUCUUGCACUUUAGUCACUCGACAUUCACGACCCCAAUAAUAAUAAUUGAUUGGAUUUACAGAGCGCUUUACAAAGUAAGGGGGAAGCUCACCUCAUCCACCACCAAUGUGUAGCCAUGGCAGCCAUUUUGAAAAAUAAAUCCCACCACACAACAGCUCUCAUAGUGGAGAGGUGAGGAAGACCCAUUGCUGGGAGUAUGGACCCAGUGCUCCCUCCCAAACCCCCCUAAAGCAGCUACAUCACAGGCUUAUCCAGGGCAGUUUAGCCUCUUGUCCCCUAUGACCCCACAACAAUGUUGGUUCCAAGGCAGACUAUUUCAAUUCUGCACAUAGGCUACUGUAUGACUUAAGACAUAUAGUUAGUAGUACACAUUCAGCAUUGUGAUGUAGUGUCACAAGAGGGUUGAGGCAUAUUUAAAAGGGCCUUUUGAAUCAAGGUAAAUCCCAUUGAAAUAUACCUCUAUCAUCAAAUGGACUGUAAACCAUGAAAAUUAAGGAUGUCUGCAGAUUUGUUAGCUUUUAACAUUUAAAAUGGACCUCUCCCACAUUUGAUAUAAAAACACAUACAGUUUGGUAGGCCAUAACUGUCAUACUAGUGCAGAGGGUAUGGUCAAAUAGAAAAGGCAGAAGUGAUUAGCUAGUGAUUUUCCAACCAUGAAACAAAAUCAUGGUUACAAACUAAAUCUUAAUUUGGAUAAAUGUUACAUAUUUGUUACACGAUAGUGUAUCUGCUGAAAUACAAAAAGUUAUUUCAGACUGAGAAGAUGCAACCAAGAAAAAUACAUCUUCCCAUGACUUUAAUGCCACCUUAGACCAUUAUCAUAAUUCAUAAACACAUCAGGUAUGCAAACCACACAUUACUUUUGAAAUUGAACACUUAGAAAAUAAAGAUACGCCUAAUGCUUUGUAUCUGUCUUGGAAUAAGCAUGGAGGCAUCAGGGAGGCCUUGGAGAAAACCCAUAGCCUAGUCUCAGAUCAUGUUUGUGCUGUCUUGUCAACCCCUAUGGUUCCGACUCACCAUUGGCGUUAACGAAAAACACAAACAGAUCUGGGACCAGGCUAGAGGAACCAUGCCUCAACAAUCAGAUUACAAUACAGCAGCACCACGUCUUCUGCCUUUGAUCCUGCCUAUGCUGUGGUGGACAGCCAAUGGACUUGAUGGUGGACAGCCAAUGGACUUGAUGGGUUGACUAUAGCUUCUAACAUCUUCUCUCUCCCACGUACCUUAUAAAGACCAAACUGAUUUAUGUGGAGAUAUAUGCCAUCUAUUGUACUGCUGUUCUUCAUACCAUUGCUUUGUGCGGUUAUUUACUGGUUUUUACAUUUGUAGUGAUGG